AUGCAGAGCAAAUUAAUGAACUGGUAUUCAUCUUUACGCCGAGUGCAUCAGCUGUCUGUCAUUGGAAUGUCAUUUAAAGAUAGAUGGAAUCAGGGUCGAACAAGAGGCAAGCACAAGAAAAGCUAUGACUGGAGUCACUGGUGGUGGCAAUUGUUUUGUGGAAGAGUUGCUGCUCCUUUACUUAGUUUCUCGCUGGCGACAACUUUUAAGGAUUUCAUUGGUUUUCCAGCAUUACAGCUGGAUGAGGAUCCGUUGAAACAUGUAAUCAAGAAAGCAUGGUUGCAUAGGAAGCAACAUGAUUAUCAGCAAGCAGUGUUAAUAUUGGAGGAAGCUAUGGAGCUGGCUGGCAAACACAAUAACGAAUUAAUUAUUAGCAGAGUUAUUGAUGAGUUAGCAAAUACUUAUUAUGAAAUGGGGAAACUUGAUGAAGCAGAGCAGACUUUACGCGACCUUAUGCGGCGAUUGAUUAUUCUGCACAAGAAGCAAGAUUGCGAUCCUGAAGUCAUCGAUGUUAGUCUCAAAUUAGCUGAUAUAUAUGCGCAAAAGGGCAAAAUAAACGAUGCCGAAACUGGCUACAAACAUUGUGUUACUAAACAGAUGAAAGUUGUGGAAAGGCAUAUGACAAAAUAUUCAAUAAGUUAUGGUGGCACGUACGACAUUCCGCAACUAAUCAAUCAAUAUGGGGCUGUAUUUACUGAUCCUCUUGCGUUAUAUGGGCUUUGUCUGGAGCAGUAUUCCCAUUUCAUUGCUCGUUAUGGAGAGGAAGAAAGACUGGAUGAAACUGUACAACUCAUGGAUGAAGCUUUAAAGAUCUCACACCAAAUCUAUGGCAUUAAUUGCUUUCACACUAUCAAUAUGCUCAACAAUUAUGCUGCUUUGUUAAUGGUCAGAAAUAGGUUUGACCUUGCAAAAAAAUAUCUGGAAGUCGGAAUUGAUCGAGUAUUGUAUAUAGAUGAAUGCUGUUCUCUGGUACCUGGAUAUUACUGCAACUAUUCAGAAGCACUGUAUCACUGUGGCCAAAGGGCAGAAGCUUUACAGUACGCUAAAAAAGCAGUUAGCCUGGCGAAUUCUGGAUCAAAAGAGCUUCGUCGUUAUACGGAAAGAUUUCUGCAAGACAUGGAAAAAGAUAACAAUCGUCAUUAA